CUCUUCUCAGAUGACUCUAGCUUUUGCCAAGUUGACAUAAAAAUAACUAGUACAGAGUUCUUAACUAUGGAGGAACCAAAUGGAGUUUUUAGGUUUCUCUCCGUCUUCCAGAUACAGAACGCACAUCAGCAGUAGAAUGCAGUAGAGACUCAAGCAGACCAGCAGUAUUGUUCAUGGCAUUUGCCUUAGUAGUUGCAUCACAAUGAGUGGAACACUCACAGCUUGGCCUGGAAAGAACAUUCCUUAGAGAGCUGUUUAAAAAUGAAGCCUCCUCUGUUAUCAGAUGAAAAAGAUGAAUCAGUUUGUGAGGAAUCCGACUGUUCUGAAAUAUGAGGGAACAAUUAGGAGAUGAUGUCAUUAGCUGAGAAAAAGGCAUACUGUAGGAAAUUUAAGGUUAUUCUCUGCACUGAAUAUUUGCUAUUGGUCCCCGAUGGGCUUCCUGGAAUAUUGGUGUGUUUAUUUGCAUCAGAUGUGCUGGAAUUCAUAGAAAUCUUGGGGUUCAUAUAUCCAGGGUCAAGUCAGUCAAUCUAGACCAAUGGACACCAGAACAGAUACAGUGCAUGCAAGAUAUGGGAAAUACUAAAGCAAGACUACUUUAUGAAGCCAAUCUUCCAGAGAACUUUCGAAGACCACAGACAGAUCAAGCAGUAGAAUUUUUCAUCAGAGAUAAAUACGAAAAGAAGAAAUACUAUGAUAAAAAUGCUAUAGCUAUUACAAAUAUUUCCUCCUCUGACGCCCCUCUUCAGCCUUUGGUAGCCUCUCCUUCUCUGCAAGCUGCUGUCGAUAAAAACAAAUUAGAGAAAGAAAAGGAAAAAAAAAAGGAAGAGAAAAAGAGAGAAAAGGAGCCAGAAAAGCCUGCCAAACCACUAACAACUGAAAAGGUGCAGAAGAAAGAAGAUCAACAGCUCGAGCCUAAGAAAAGCACCAGCCCGAAAAAUGCUGCAGAGCCCACUGUUGAUCUGUUAGGACUUGAUGGUCCUGCUGAGGCACCAGUGACCAAUGGGAACACAACCACAGUGCCACCCCUGAAUGAUGAUCUGGACAUUUUUGGACCAAUGAUCUCUAAUCCUUUACCUGCCACUGUCAUGCCUCCAGCUCAGGGGACAACCUCUGUACCAGCAGCUGCUAGCCUGUCUACCGUAACAUCUGGGGAUCUGGAUCUGUUCACUGAGCAAACUACAAAGUCAGAAGAGGUAGCAAAGAAACAACUCUCCAAAGACUCCAUCUUAUCUCUAUAUGGUACCGGAACACAGCAAAGCACUCCUGGUGUGUUUAUGGGACCCACAAAUAUACCAUUUACCUCACAAGCAGCAACUGCAUUUCAAGGUUUUCCUUCCAUGGGCGUACCAGUGCCUGCGGCUCCCGGUCUUAUAGGAAAUAUGAUGGGACAGAAUACAAGCAUGAUGGUGGGCAUGCCCAUGCCCAAUGGGUUUAUGGGAAAUGCACAGACUGGAGUGAUGCCACUUCCUCAGAAUGUUGUUGGCCCUCAAGGAGGAAUGGUGGGACAAAUGGGUGCACCACAGAGUAAGUUUGGCCUGCCGCAAGCUCAGCAGCCUCAGUGGAACCUCUCACAGAUGAAUCAGCAGAUGGCUGGCAUGAGUCUCAGUAGUGCAAACCCUACCCCAGGUUUUGGCCAGCCCCCCAGCACAACAGCAGGGUGGUCUGGAAGCUCGUCUGGGCAGACUCUGAGCACACAGCUGUGGAAGUGAAAAGCUGCAGCAGAGUUCCAUCCAAAACCAACACCCGACAUUCCUCACUACAACGGCAUCUAGUUCCCGUUUCUUCAUGUACAUAUGUGUUUUCUUUUCCCCCAUUGUUCACAUUAAGAAUUACCUGAUUGACCGUGUUGGUCUGUGCUGAUUAAAUUAGAUGUGAAAGCAGGUUGAGAAACCAUCUUCUGUGGAGGGCAGCUUUGCUCAUAUUUCCCAUGAUGUCAUAAGCCACAUUGAGAAGCUGCUCAGUUAACUUGCAUAAUCGGUUUUAUUCUCAAAAUUAUAGCUCUAAUGUUUGCAUAUAAGGGAAGUAGUUAUCAUGUUAGUAAUACUUCUAACAGUAUAAACCCCAACCCCAAAUUAGCCAGUAAUCCUGUAGGAAGGUACUGUAUGAUCCAAUGUUUAAUCAUAUAAAUAGAAUGUAAAUGUAUCACUGAGCACUGUUUUCUAGUGUAUCAAAUUCUUUUCUUCAUCACUCACUUCACUGUGCUGUUGUUAUGAUGUGCUUAACAGGGAAUGUGGUUAGUGAAAGGAAGAUAAACCUGGAUGUUACUGUCAAACUUAAUGAAUGUUUCAAGAAUUCAAAUUUUUGCUGCCUCUUGUAAUUUGGACCUCUUCUCAUGUACAUAGUGCUAUUACGAAGACCUUUUUUCUGCACUAUAUGCACACAGGGUAACUAAAACAAAGCCACUUUUAAUCCUUGAAGGUAUGUCCAGGUUUAUGACAGUAAUUGUGUUUACAUUUUAUGGUGCCUAGUAUUGACAAAAUGUUAUUUCCCUAUAUUAAACAGAUGAAUCCACACA